CGGUACGCAUGCUAUGGUGGACGCAAGCUCUCCUCCGAGUGGUCGGCCCCCAGUGACCCCCUGGACAUCCUGGUCGCAGGACAGCUCCCCUACACACCCUCCCUCUCAGUGCAGCCGGGACCCACGGUGACCUCAGGAGAGAAUGUGACCCUGCUGUGUCAGUCAUGGGGCUCUGAGGACUCUUUCCUUCUGUCCAAGGAGGGGGCAGCCGAUCCCCCCCUGCGUCUUAGAUCAAAGCGCCGAGCUGGGCAGCACCAGGCUGAAUUCUCCAUGAGUCCUGUGACCUCAGCCCACGGGGGGACCUACAGGUGCUACGGCUCAUCCAGCGCCUCCCCCUACCUGUUGUCCCCGCCCAGUGACCCCCUGGAGCUCCUGGUCUCAGGAUCCCCUACAGACCCCGGCCCCUCACCCACAGGGCCCAGCUCAACAGCUGGUGAGUCACAGGGGCCGCUGUCCAGGGGCUUUUCUUCCAGUCUCUCAGAGAUGCCAGGGGGACAGCGGGGCUCCAGGGGCUCUGAGGGUGAGUGAGGCUCUCUGUCAGGAGUGGUGGGAGGGCCCAUGGGGAGCAGGGGCUGAGUUACACCCUCAGUUCAGGGUCCUCUGCAGGCGUUGGCCUGGACGUGCCCCUCUCCUGUGUGGGCCUCAGUGUCCCCAAGUGUAAAGGAGAGAGUCGUGGCCUAGAGUAGAUUUCCCCUCAGUUCCGACCAGGGCUCUGACCGUGGGAGAGGAGGACUCCCGGGGAAGCCCCCAGGUCAUGACCUAUGCGGGGGCCUUCCCUCUGCAGCUGGUGACGUUGCAGGAGGAGGGGAGGGAGGACGAUGGCUGGGGGCGUUCAGGUGAUAGGGGAUCUGGAAGGACCCUCAGCUCCAGAAGAAGAUGCUGGGACAGGCCGUGCCCCACGUGAGGAGCCCAGAGCCUCGAGCUGGUGUCCCCACAGGGGACAGCAUGAGGAGAGCACGGGGAGCCCACAGCCCUGGUCCCAGCCCCAGCCCUGCCGCCCCCA